AGCUACUCAAUGGAGUUAGAGAACCUAGCACAGGACUGGUCUGAAAGCUGCAAUUUCCACGAAGCAGAUUCAGAUGUUUACCCACAAUUCCAGAACAUUGGACAGGUUUUUGCAUCUGGAGGUCGCUUCAAACCUACAUUUAGCGAAAUUCUUCCCGCGUUUGCCUGGGCAAGGGAUCAUUAUGAUUACGAAAAUGACACCUGCAAAGGAUUCUGUGACGAUUAUAAACAGACCUACUCACAACAGAUGGAAGAGUUAGCAAUAAAAUGGGUCAGCCGCUGCAAAUUCGAACAUCCAAAUCCCACAACAGAUCCUGAUUACAAGGGCAUCGGGCAAAAUCUGGCACUUGCUGGCACUUACACACCAAAUAUGACUCGAAUGGCUCAAGGCUGGUACGAUGAAAUAAAGAACUACAAAUACGCAGACAAUUCUUGCAAAGGUGUCUGUGGACAUUAUACGCAGAUGGUGUGGGCAACCUCAGUGGGUCUUGGAUGUGCGAUGAAGCAAUGUGACGAUAUUAAACCCGAAUGGAAAAUGCCUGUUUAUCUUAUGGCUUGUCAAUAUCAGCCUGCGUGA